UAGUGGAGAAAUUACCGAACAAUCACAAAAGUGGUUUAUCUAUUUGGUAGUGUGUGAACAUAACCUGACUGCUAGCUGAUCUACUAUGAAGUGAAAAGGCUUUAUUUAAUUUCGAGACGUAUGGUCACGUCAAAGAUAAUCGGAUCUUGAACGAAGUUGAAAUGUUUACAUGUAGACAGCUAGCCGUCAUCGCUUUUAUACUGACGGACUAGCCUGACUAUUGUGAAGCAGGGCCAGUCAAGAUGGACACCGCUGAGGAAGCGGACAUCUGUCGGGUAUGCCGGUCAGAGGGCAGCCAGGACAAGCCGCUCUACCAUCCCUGUGUCUGCACUGGUAGCAUCAAGUUUAUCCAUCAGGAAUGCUUACUCCAGUGGUUGAAACACAGCAGAAAAGAAUACUGUGAAUUAUGCAAACACAGGUUUGCAUUUACACCAAUCUACUCUCCUGACAUGCCAUCUCGGUUGCCUGUCCAGGACAUCUGUGCAGGGCUGGUCACCAGUAUUGGAACAGCCAUUAGAUACUGGUUCCACUACACACUGGUGGCCUUUGCCUGGCUUGGCGUGGUGCCUCUCACAGCAUGUCGUAUCUACAAGUGUGUCUUUACUGGCUCUGUGAGCUCUCUCCUUACUCUGCCAUUAGAUAUGCUUUCAACGCAAAACCUGCUUGCAGACUGCCUUCAGGGCUGUUUUGUGGUCACUUGCACGCUGUGCGCCUUCAUCAGCCUGGUGUGGCUUAGAGAGCAGAUUGUCCACGGUGGCGCCCCUCAGUGGUUAGAGCAAAAUCCACCCCCUCUAGUUCCUAACCAGCCUGACGGUCCUGCACCAGCUAAUGAGGUUCCAGGUGGUAACAUCAACGCCCAGGCUGCUGCCGACGUCGCAGAAGCCCAGCAGCCUGCAGACCCUGCCCCAGACGGUCUGGCACCGGCCAACCCGCAUGAAGCUGGCCACCACGUAGAUGAGGCUGAACUGGACGAUGAUGAAGAAGAUGACGAUGGGGAGGAGGAGGAGGACGACGACGACGACGACGAGGAUGACGAUGAGGAAGGCAGGGAAGAGGAUGCUGCUGACGCGAAUAAUGGAGGACAAGAAGAUUUGAACUGGAACGCCCUGGAGUGGGACCGUGCAGCAGAGGAGCUGACCUGGGAAAGGAUGCUGGGGCUGGAUGGCUCCCUAGUUUUCUUGGAGCAUGUGUUCUGGGUGGUGUCUCUCAACACACUCUUCAUCCUGGUCUUUGCUUUUUGCCCGUAUCACAUCGGCCAUUUCUCAGUGGUUGGACUGGGCUUUGAAGACUAUGUCAAAGCUUCACACUUUGACGGCCUCGUCACCACCAUACUGGGGUACAUCCUCCUGGCUGGAGCUCUCAUAGUGUGCCAUGCGUUGGCUUCAUUAGUGAAGUUCCAGCGACCCAGACGCCUCUUGGGUGUCUGCUACAUUGUUGUCAAGGUGUCCCUGCUGGUUGUCAUGGAGAUCGGCUUGUUCCCGCUGAUUUGUGGUUGGUGGCUCGACAUUUGCUCACUGGAGAUGUUUGAUGCGACUCUAAAAGACAGGGAGCAGAGUUUUGACGCAGCCCCGGGUACCACCAUGUUCUUCCACUGGCUGGUCGGCAUGGUCUACGUCUUCUACUUCGCCUCCUUCAUCCUUCUGCUCAGAGAGGUGCUUCGGCCGGGUGUGCUGUGGUUCCUGAGGAACCUGAACGAUCCAGACUUCAACCCAGUCCAAGAGAUGAUCCACCUGCCCAUUUACAGACACCUGCGGAGGUUUAUUCUCUCUGUGGUGGUGUUUGGCUCUAUAGUUCUGCUGAUGCUUUGGCUUCCUAUCAGAAUCAUCAAAUUGCUCUUUCCGACCUUCCUGCCCUACAACGUCAUGCUUUACAGCGAUGCACCGGUCAGCGAGUUGUCAUUGGAGCUGCUGUUGCUUCAGGUUGUUCUGCCGGCACUGCUGGAGCAGGGUCACACUCGCCAGUGGCUCAAACGGCUCGUCCAUGCCUGGACGUUCACAGCCGGCUACAUGCUUGACCUUCACUCCUACCUGCUGGGGGACCAUGAAGAUGAUGACAACCAACCAAACAACGCUCCCGGUCGCCAUAACAACAACAGGAUCCCUGGCCUGGGGGAGGGUCUUCACGCUGCCCAUCAGGCCAUUCUGCAGCAGGGCGGUCCUGUUGGUUUCCAGUCGUACCACCGGCCCCUCAACUUCCCCCUCAAGAUCAUUCUGCUGGUUGUCUUUAUGUGCGUGGCGCUGCUCCUGGCUAGUCUGAUCUGCCUUACACUGCCGGUGUGUGCAGGUCGCUGGCUGAUGUCUUUCUGGAUGGGCAAUGCCAUGGUUCAUGAGCUGUACACAGCGGCCAGCGGUCUGUACAUCUGCUGGCUGUCCAUUCGAGCCGCCACCGUGAUGCUGUCCUGGAUGCCACAGGGGCGGACCAUGAUCAUGCUCAAAGUCCACGAGUGGACGCUCAUGAUCCUAAAGACCCUUGUGGUGGCCGUGCUGUUAGCUGGGGUGAUUCCUCUGCUGUUGGGUCUGCUGUUUGAGCUGGUCGUCGUUGCUCCUCUCAGAGUCCAGCUGCACCAGACGCCUCUCUUCUACCCCUGGCAGGACUGGGCACUGGGAGUGCUCCAUGCUAAAAUCAUCGCUGCCAUCACACUGAUGGGCCCUCAGUGGUGGCUCAAAACCGUCAUCGAGCAGGUGUAUGCUAACGGUAUCCGAAACAUUGACCUCAAUUUCAUCGUGCGAGGGCUGGCCGCCCCAGUCAUCUGCGUCCUGCUGCUGUCUCUCAGUGUGCCCUACACUAUCUCUAAAGGCAUUACACCACUGCUGGGUGUGCAGCCAGAAAUGCAGACGCUGGUGGAUAGGAGGAUCUAUCCCUUCCUGCUCAUGGUGGUCAUACUGUUGGCCAUCCUGUCCUUCCAGAUACGACAGUUCAAACGCCUCUACGAACACAUCAAGAAUGACAAAUACCUGGUUGGACAGCGACUGGUGAACUAUGAACGUAAGACAGGCAUGAGGGUGUCCAGCUCCUCACACAGCACCUCCUCAUAGACCUGCCACUGCUCUGGAAUCAGUGGAGCCGACUAUCAUCAGCUCCUGUGGUGAAACCUUUUUUUUUUUUUUCAAUUGCCAACUUCAAACACAACCUCAAAACUUUUGACUGCAGCCUCGACUUCUUAGUCACCGACAUCUACUGCUGUCACAGGUUGGGAGACAAAGACGUUGAAGAGUGAAAAGACAAAAUAGUCUCAAAACUUUUUCGUGGAAAAAUUAGAAUUUCUGAACAUGGUUGUUAACCGACAUGCAAUAACAGUCAGUUUUGACUGUCCAUCCUGUUUAAGGUGUUUUAACGCAGCUGACGUUUUAAGUUGUAAUUAUAUUAUUUUGAAAUAGGUUUGAGUUGAAGUCAGGUCAGUUGAGCGUAGAGUUUGCCUCAGAUUGUGCUUCCCUUUGAAUGCUUGUUGUGAAAUAUUGUCUGAUUGUCUCUUAAUAGGACGUGUUUGAAAGUUUCAGAGCUGUAGAGGCGAUAUGUGAACUAUCACGGGAACGCCUCUGUGGCUCUAUUUCAGUUGUCAAUUUGUCUCAAAUGACACCCUUCAGCAAAUUGAGGUCGUCUGUGAUAAAGAGGGACAUGCAUGAAGUAGCAAUGUGAUUUUUUUUUUAUUUUUAUUUUUUUCUUUCUUUUUAGGUGUUUUUAUUAGACGUGUUUUCAUUGAUUUUUAGUGUUACAUUUCUGGAGUGAGCUGUUGGAUAGUCCUGAGAAUUCCUUUGAAGUAAAGAUAUAAGAUAGAAAGUAAGAAAAUCAGAAGAAAAGGAAUUUUUUUUUGACAAUCUGGAAACAGCCCAAGACAUUUCUUAAGAUGUUCUCAUGUGAAUUUUAAGCAGUCUGGGUUGUGUAAUACCUCUUUGAGCAUAUCCACCUUCAGGAGAGGAGAGGUCAUUAAGUGACGUUUCAACUACGAAUAUUUAAACUGGAAAAACACCCUCAGAACAUUUCAGAAUGUGCCUGUUACGCCCUUAGACUGAUAAUGAUUUUACAGAAAUAUUUAUUCUGAUAAAAUUAAAAUAAUAGUUGUGCUGCUAAUCAGCUGUUCAGACUCUUACAUGUCUGCAAACGCUUAAGAGGCAACAGCGAAAAACAAUUGUAUAAAACAACAAAACACUAAUUUUCAUUGGAGGGGAAAAGUGACUCUUGUGGACUACAGUAUAGUGACUGAUAACUGACCAAUCUCAGUUAGCGCAAGGGAGCGCCAGUAAUCUAACGGAGUACCAAGCACUAGAUAAAAUGCAGGAAAUUGUUUGGCAGAAGUGGCAAUCUGCCACAUCUAAUAUCUUUUACUUUUUGCUAAAACUCAGAAGGAUUUCCUUUUUUUCUACACUGUGACGUUGCUCUCAUUAAUCAUUCAAUCGAUCGCUGCCACCUGCUGAGCUUAAUCAGAUCAAUCUGAUCUCAUCUUGUAAUCAAUUUAGUUUAUCAAAUUACGUUUCACAAAAACAAUUACAAACUGAAUGAUCAGCUGAGUAGCGUUGGUUAGAUUAGUAUAAUCGGAUGUUUGUCGCUCAUUCUAAAUCGCUCUGAAUACUACUAACUCAGAAAAAAACAUUUUUGUCCAUGUAUGCAGAUAAUCAUUUAAAACAAAAUCAUAUCUACAUUUACAUAGGAUUGGCAGUUUAAUAUAGAUUUUCCCUUUAAAACAGUUUUGUUCCAGCUAUGCUACAGUACAGUCACUCUCUGUUUACAUAGUUGAUCGCUUUUGAUUGGAAAAGCAUGGAGCUACAAUUGUUUCUUAGCAAUCGGUUUUAACAUUACUGAUGUCUUUACCACAUUCCUUACGUUUUAAUGGUGCAACCUAUUUUAGUAAAUUACAAGGG